CAUCGUGAAAACAAAAAGCGUUCACGAGAGAGAUCGGUGUUCACGAGGAUCCACCGACGUCCACGGAGAGAGAGAGAUCACCGAACUUGACUGUGGGGGAUAACGCAGAAAAAUGUUCAAGCUCGCCGGACGCCAAGAAUGGGAAGCGUUGACGAAAGACAUACGGCUGCAGCUGAACGAACAGCUGAGAUGUCUCGACGUCCGGAUGGAGGCGCAAGUCGCCCUGGUCGCGGAGCUUCAGGAUUUUUUUCGAAAGAGAGCCGAACUGGAGCUCGACUACAGCAAGUCUCUCGACAAGAUGGCCAGGAGUAUACAGUUGAGGCACAAGGAGCAAAAGCAAAAGCGAGAACAAUGGCCCCUAUUCUCCAGUUACGCUUGCUGGCAGCAGCUUAUCAACGAAACGAAGUCCUUGAGCAGAGACCACGCGGCUCUUUCGGAAGUGUACAGUACGCACCUCGUGGGCCGUCUGAACCAGGUGAUGGAGGACGUGCAACGGAUAUACAAGCGCUGUCGUGAAAUCGGUUACGAGACGCAUGAGGAGAUCCUCCGGGUGUUGCACGAGCUGCACACCACGAUGAAAACGUACCAGGCAUACCAAGCGGAGUCGAGGCAAGCGGAGACGAAGCUUCGUGUCGCGGAACAGCAGCGCAGCAAGCUAGAGGUGGCGAAUGCCCCGCCCGAGAAGCUAGCGCGCAGCAAAAAGUACAAGCUCAUCGAGAAAGAAGUGAACAAGAGGAAGAACAAAUACCAGGAGGCUAAGCUGAAAGCGUUGAAAGCAAGAAACGAGUACAUUUUAUGCCUCGAGGCUUCGAAUACAACGAUCCACAAGUACUUCGUGGACGAUCUGUCGGAUCUCAUCGACUGCAUGGAUUUCGGUUUUCACAAUUGCAUCGCCCGGGCGCUGCUGAUGCACUGCAGCGCCGAGGAGGGCAGACAACGGUCGUUGCAGUCCGGCGCCGAACAGCUGACCUCCUGCGUCGGUGCUCUGGACUCCAGGGCGGACAAGCAAAGAUUUCUGGAGUCCCAUCAUUCUGCUUUCAUGAUCCCGAAGAAAUUUGAAUUUCAAGGGCAACGGGGAGACGAGACCCCCGAGCCUGAAUUGCAAAAGCUGUUGCACGCUGAGAUGGAGCAACGUCUGACGCAGUUGCAGCAGAGGGUGACAUCGUUGAGAACCGAGUCCGAGGAGGUGUGGAAAACAUUAGAAACAGCGGAGGCCAGUCUAUUGGAAAUGUUGACCGCGAAGGACUACGACUGCUCGAGGUAUUUCGGUGAGAACGCCGUGCCCACGUCGAGACCACCGGAAACCGUGCAAAUCAAGCUCAGAGCCGACAGGCAAGAAACCGAAGAAUUCUACCUCACGAAAUUCAGGGAAUACCUGCUUGGCACCUCGAGAAUCGCUAGAUUAGACGCGAAGCAGGAAUACAUUAGACAGAGCCUGUUGGAUGGCUCGACCGCCAGUCCGAAUCCGUCGUUGUCGACGACCAAGCAGAAACAAGCUCGACGAAAACGUAUCGGCCGGUUGCAGAUGAACGGUCAGCCGAAACUGUUCGGCGGCUCGUUGGAGGAGUACUUGGAGAGCACGAAUCAGGAGAUACCGUUGAUCAUGAAGAGCUGCAUCAGAGUGAUCAAUCUGUAUGGUCUUCAUCAUCAAGGUAUCUUUCGUGUCUCGGGAUCUCAGGUGGAGAUCAACAAUUUCCGCGAAUGGUUCGAGAGGGGAGAAGACCCGUUGGCCGACGUGACCGACGCGUCCGACAUCAACAGUGUCGCUGGUGUCCUGAAACUGUAUCUACGGGAGCUUAGGGAGCCGUUGUUCCCUAUCAUUUACUUCGAGCACUUGAUGGAAUUAGCGCAGUUGGAAUCGAAACAGGAGUUCGUUAACAAGAUGAAGGAAUUGAUUUCGAGUCUUCCGCGACCGGUUGUCAUUGUAAUGCGAUAUCUGUUCGCUUUCCUCAAUCACCUUUCGGAAUUCUCGGACGAGAACAUGAUGGACCCGUACAAUCUGGCGAUUUGCUUCGGUCCCACGUUGGUACCCGUACCGGAGGACAAGGAUCAAGUACAGUACCAGAAUCAAGUGAACGAACUUAUCAAGAACAUCAUUACGUUCUGCGAGGAGAUAUUCCCAGAGGACAUUGGAGGUACACAGUACGAAAAGUACAUCAGUAGGGAACCAGAUGACGCAGACGUGGGCGACUCGCCGACGGACCAGGUCCAGGAAGACAUGGACUCCGAGGUCUAUCCAUCCGAGGAUGAAUCGGAAAACCUCGAAGCCACAGCGCAAUUCGAUUUCAAUGCAAGGUCCGAAAGAGAGUUAAGCUUCAAAAAGGGGGAUACCUUGACUCUAUACACGCAAGUCAGUAAUGACUGGUGGCGAGGUGCCUUGGCUGGUAGAGAGGGGCUUAUACCCGAUAAAUAUAUUAUGAUCAAGAUAAAGGACGAGGAACGCGAAAAGGAACUCUUGAAGUCGUCCAGCGAGGAGUCGAUGAGACGACGAACCUCGAGCUCGGCGGACAGCGUUCUGUCGAGCAACAAUUCGCCGUUGAUGGGACCGUCCGGGAACUCGUCAACGACCACCUGGUCCUCUGGGAACGCGUCCGACGUCGCGUCAGCGACGACUACGUCGACGUCGACGGCUGCCAGCACGACCGCGAUCGCGACCACCGACAAUAGCAGCGGCGUGGUCCCAACGCACGUCACGAACGCACCCUGCAUCUCGUCGAGCCAGCCGAUCAUCAGUCGAGAGGAUUGCGCGUCUCGAGCGUCGAAGGUGUCCACGCCUGAGAGAGAGAAGCAUGCGUUCGCUACGGAGCAUCGCGGGGACGCAGCCCCAACGGUCGUUCUUCCUAACAACGAUGAGAACGAGAAACUGUUGAGCUUCGCCACCGAGCCAUCGAUGCAGCAGCAACAGCGGAACAAUGAGGAUAACGUCGGCGACGAAGCGGAACGCAUCAGUUUAACGAGCCUGGACGGUGGAUCGAAGCGUGGCACGAGUAGGAAACAGCACUGGAAGUCUCAAAGCAUGGGGGACACGGUGUCACAGCAGACAGCGGCCAAUUCCCUUCAGCCGGGUAUGGUGCUGCUUUCUCAAGACGAAGAUUCGGGGGAUCAACCGACGUUCUCGGCGAACCGGGAGCUCUGGCAGAGACGAGCGACCUCGCAGACGCAAUUGAAUCCACCAGUGCCACCAAACAACAACAAAAUCUACCGUUCCUCCCAAGAGUUCCGUGAGAUGCGGCAAAAGCACACCCCCGAUCUCGUGAUGGAUCUGCCUCUGUCGGCGCAGGACGCGAGCAAAAAGUCCGCCUCGUCCAGCAGCCUGAGCAGCUCGGACGAGGAGACGACACCGUCGCCGCCCGUCGUGCAACCGUCGCGCGCCGAAGCGGCCACCUCGCCAACGGGAGGGCCCGAGUCGCCCGACAUGAGCACCGCCGCGGAACGUUUCGCCAAGCAGAACCAGUGCACCCUCAAGAAGAACACGAAAACAAAUCCAACGGACAGUGGUGGCCAGUCGAAGCUGAAACGAAGCUCGGACACCGCGGAGAACGAGCCCGAGCAAGAGCCCGUUGAGAUGGUCAGAUCGGCCAGUUCGAAUCAGAUCGCCUCGGACACAAUGCCGUUGAGAUCCCCGUUACCGCCCCGAUCCACGCCCAAAAUCGUCGCCAAGUUCGCGGACAUGCAUCUGACUGGCGGAAGCCAAGUGUCCUCGUUCAAGCCGCAGGUGAAAGUGAAGCCGACGAUACUCAGGAAACCGGUGCUCCCGUUCCCGCAUCCGCACAUGAGCCCCGAGCUAGCGAGGAAGAUCGAGAAGCAAGCGCAAAGCGCCGAGCAAACCAAUUGAAUUCUCCUCGACUCGGCGCGGUGAGAAACGCGCUUCUCGACCAAACCGCCGCAUAUCUAGGGUGUGGGGGUCACAGUGCGUGCGCGCGUGUCGCGUCGCGGAGCCAAAUAUAUUCCGGACAGCAACGAUUCACCAUCGACUUCUCCAUUGACCAGUUACUCCGCCCAAUUGCAAGGACUCGCCGAUGCGCGUUAAUUACUCUACCCAAGAAAAAGAAGGUCAAUGCCGGGGCAGCAUCGUUCCUCGAUGUACGUACACGGGACGCGCGCCAUAUGUAUCCGUGUAUACGUUAAGGGUGGUCCUUGGCUAGUAUAGAUGGUGCGAAUUGUGCUUUUUUUUCUUUUAAUCGAAUACGUUUUGGUGCCUACGCCUUAGAAUAGAUACAGUCCACUGAAUAAUGAUCUGUAUCGAAAGUUCUUGAAGUUUUACGUAGAAAAGUAAACGGCGGAUGGCGCACGUUACUAAUCCAAGUCCUCUACCAAAGUUGUCCCAGUACCCAAGAGUAUGAUAACCCUGUCUUACGACCAACCCCUUACUCAAUACGCCUGUCGAAUAUGUUGCCUGGAUACCGGAAACAUGAAGUGUAUUUGAACUAUCCAGUGCAUUUGCCUGCACGUUUCCCAACUAUCCGAUCGAGCUGAAGUUUCACGGGGACUAUUUUGUUUAUGGGCUGGAGCUAUUCGGAGGGAUGGGAUUAGAAAAUAUUCGGUGCUCGAAACAUAAGGACUACUCUCUAGUAUACAAAUGCCAUUUAUAGUUGUUGAACAAGACUAUAGACGAUCGUGUAAUAUUAGUCUCGUGUGGACUCACGAGUAUUCAAUGAUGGGACACUUAAGCCGAUCGCAGACUGUGCCCGGGCAGAGUUCAGAUAUCUAGAAACAUAUAUUCUACGGUCCUGAACGAGCUCCAAGACCUUUAUGUUUCGAAUUACUGCGAAAAGGAGGUAGUGUCCCGUGGUGUGAGAGAACACUUUUACGAUCAUCCGAGGAAAUUUAAUCGGUUCGCUGUAUCGUUCACCAAUUAUACCGGAUAUUCAAGAAUAAAACCG